AUGACAUUGCCUCAAUUGCAUGUAAUGGCUAUUCUCCAAAAUAAGAUUGUUGCUUACUUUGCUUACCACCUUCUCAUUCCAGGCCCUCUAGCUAUAGUCAUGGAAAAGAUGGUGUUCGGAGCUAUAUCUUGGAAAAUAUUUCUUGUCAUUCCAUUAAAUUUCCGAGAAAUGGAGGAGCUGUACAUGGAUGGCGAGAAGGCGGCCAGACCCGAGUUCACCUACCCCUACUGCUAUGAGGACCAUGAGGUCGCCUCCUUGUGCGCGCAUGUAGAAGAGGAGGACCCAUUGGAGUGGAGAUAUAGUUUGCACAAUGUUCUGGUCCAUCAAAGUAUUUUAGAUGUGCAAAAGAGUAGUGUCUUGGGGUAG